AUGCUGAUUCUGCAAGCCAUUUGCGUUGGUGCUGUCAUCCUUGGCUGCUGCUGGAUCAAAGUGACAAAGGCGGUCCCCGGCGCUCCAUUUAGUCUGCCUAAAGGACCACAGCCUUUUCCAUUCUUCGGAAAUCUCUGGACCAUCUACACUCUCAAUUCAAGUCCCCGGGAGCUAUGCCGCCGCUUCAAAGCUCAGUACGGAGACAUGACCACAGUAUGGAUGGGGUCAUGGCCGACCGUCUUCCUCAACAGUCCUCAGGUUGCGCAUGAACUUUUGCACAAGGCUGGAGCCCCAUACACAGCGUCGAGGCCCAUGCACAAUCGUGUCCGUCAUGAGAAGUUGCCUGACAGGAUUGUUGUUAGUCCGGCAAAUCUUGACUUUCGAGAGCAGCGUAAGAUGUAUAAUACCAUAUUGUCCAAACCAGCUUCGGCUGCUUUUCACAAAAGUUCCGACCUCGAAUCGUUGCUUAUGCUCGAGUAUCUCAUUAAUGAAUCAUCCAGCUUCUUAUUUCAUUGCGAGCGAUUUGCAGUCAACGUUGUUUUUCAGGUUAUGUAUGGUCGUCGACUGGGCCGUGAGGAGGACCACGAGAUUGCCGCUUUAUACGAGAUUUGGAAGAAAAUGUAUUUAUACUUUCUCCCAGGCGCCUGCAUAUUUGACGUUUUCCCGGUUCUUCUGAGAUUACCACAGUGGUUACAGCCUUGGAAUUGGAUUUUCUCAAUUCUCAAGCGGAGAGAAGCCUCAAUUGAGAGGAAGUACUUUGAGGAAGUGAAGCGGGAGGCUGCAGCCUUCCAAAACCUUGACUGUUUUGCAAACAAGCUUCGAGAGAAGAAAGGAUCUGAUAGCGCUGACGAUGAGGUGAGUAUGAAUAUGCUUGCAAUGCUUCUAGGUGCUGGAUCAGAUACCACCAGUGCAAUGAUGCAGCUUUUCUUUAAGUCGAUGGCUUUGCAUCCUGAGAAAGUGGCUAUGGCCCAUGCAGAGCUUGACAACGUCGUCGGCUCCAAGCGUCUGCCUGUCUACGAGGAUGCCCAGAAUCUGCCUUAUAUUUGCGCUUUAAUCAAAGAGGUCCAUCGAUGGGCACCAAUUGCAGUUGUAGGCAUUCCACACGCAACCACGAAAGUCUUGAGUUAUCGAGGCUACACAUUUCCUACCGGUACUAUCUUGUUCCCCAACAUUCCGGCCCUGAAUAUGGACGAUAGACAAUAUGCAGAUCCAUGCACCUUUGAACCGCUUCGCUUCAUAGAAGACGGUCAAGAUUCUGUAUCUUCGGCUCGGUCUAAUAGUUACGAAGACCGUGAUCACUUCAACUAUGGGUUUGGACGCCGCUUCUGCCCUGGGGUUCAUGUUGCCGAACAUGCUAUCUUCAUAGCUGUAUCGCGCAUUCUCUGGGCUUUCAACCUUGAGCAGAUUCCAGGCUGCCAGAUUCACAUGCAUGAAGAAAGACGCGGGCUCUUGAAAAAACCUAAACCAUUCAAGAUGUCCAUUGCUCCAAGAAAUCAGCAAAAGUCAGCUCUCAUUCUUAGACAAAUCAGAAGAGAGAAAGGUCACAUGGGGUUAGAUGGUAGC